AGACGGUUAGUGAAGACCGACUGCCUGCCACAGAGGAGCAGCUCUGCUACCGGGAGCGCGAGACAAGAGAGACAGACGUUUCUAGUGUAAGCUCCGGAUACGCACGCACACACACACACGCACUAACACCACGGCGCAAGUCAGGGUGCUCUAGGAAAGAGAACACCUUGCCUUUUUCACGACUGUCGAGAAGAGGAAGUGAAGGAGUAUUCUCUUUUGGUGGGAGACGACAAGCUUUUAAAUCGCACACCGGCUGUGGACACGCGGGAGUCGGGCUAGUGCCUCAGUUCAUUCAGAGUAACUUGUGGAUUUUAAGGGCAAAAACCAUUAAGCGGAAAUCACGCUACCUCGUUCAUUCCCUUCCAUUUGGUCUGUUUAUUUCUUCGUUAAUUUAUUUUUGUCUUUUACCCAGUCUGACAACAUCUGACAGGCGAUCGGACAGAAUUGUUGUGCAGUGCGUAAAGGAAUUGGCAGCUCUUACCAGAUGCAUUUUUGCCAUUGAGAGACAACAUAGAGGAUCGGAGUCGGACUGCUUCUGUCCUCUAUAUUUCUAUUUUAUUUAUUCAUUUAUACGCGCGCGGGUUGUAUUUAUUUUGUCAGCUUUGGUGUACUUUGGGGCUCGAGGCGAUCUGCUUGGAAUAUGGUGGGGGAAAUGGAGCCGAAGCCCAAGCCGACCCCUGACUACCUGAUGCAGCUGAUGAACGAUAAGAAGCUCAUGAGCAGUUUACCCAACUUCUGCGGGAUAUUCAACCACCUCGAGCGCCUGCUUGACGAGGAAAUCAGUCGGGUGAGGAAGGACAUGUACAACGACACACUGAACGGCAGCACAGACAAACGCAACCCUGCACUGCCUGACGCCAUCGGAGCCGUGGUGCAGCUUCAGGAGAAACUCUACGUGCCUGUUAAAGAAUACCCCGACUUUAACUUUGUGGGGAGGAUCCUGGGACCCAGGGGCCUCACAGCUAAGCAGCUCGAGGCUGAGACCGGCUGCAAGAUCAUGGUGCGGGGGAAGGGCUCCAUGAGAGACAAGAAGAAGGAGGAACAGAACCGGGGCAAGCCCAACUGGGAGCACCUGAACGAGGACCUGCACGUUCUCAUCACGGUGGAGGAUGCGCAGAACCGGGCGGAGAUCAAGCUGAAGCGAGCCGUGGAGGAGGUGGACAAGCUGCUCGUGCCAGCCGCGGAGGGAGAGGACAGCCUUAAGAAGAUGCAGCUCAUGGAACUGGCUAUCCUGAAUGGCACCUACAGAGAUGCCAACAUCAAAUCACCUGCCCUUGCCUUCUCUCUUGCAGCUGGUGUCCAGGCUCCUCGCCUGAUGGGAGGUCCGGCGCCCGUCCUGCAGCCCGCUGCCCUGCGGACCCCGACGCCCGCUGGUCCGACCCUCAUGCCCCUCAUCCGCCAGAUCCAGACGGUGCUGCCCAACGGCUCCCCGCACCCUGGCGCCACGGCGACGCUGAUGCAGCAGGGCCCCGAGCCGGGCAGCCUGAUCUACGCCAGCGCCCCUCAGACGAGUAAAUUGCAGACGCCUGGCACCACCGCAUCGCUGCUCGAAAAUUCCGCUGGGAUUCCAGCGGAGUGCUAGCGUCCUCUAAGGCGGAAGAGCUGCCCGUCUACCUGGGUUUCCACACCUGUCACCUGCCUCUAGCUGUUGGACGCACAGAGACACACCCCGGCCGCCCACCCUUCUAAACACACACACACACACACACACACACACACACACAGAGACAACACUCCUUCUCCCUCAUCAAACAGUGGGAAACUGCCUUCUUCCAACUCCCCUCUCCUCACACAUAUCCAUACACACAUACUCACAAACAGAUACACACACACACACCCAGCCUCGUAGCCUCGACUGGUGAAGAAUAGCCACACACACACACACACACACACACACACACACACGUACACACACUCCUGACCCCCCAGUGUAGGCCAGGCUUCUUCAUACAUGCACAUUCAUACAUGACAAAUAUGACAAACUUUUUUUUCAUUGUUAAGAUAAUGUUGUUUUCUUGUUUAUGUGUAUGUUCUGUUGUCAUUGUUUUAUUCUGUAUAAUUAUUAUUUGUUUGUUUUGGCUUGAAUUAUUUGUAGUUUGAAUCAAAGGGGGUUUUAUUAGUCAUUGUUCUGUGUACAAUGAGGGAGUUGAUCUAAUACACGAUAAACGUAAACAACAAACAUGCAAACAAACAAAUAAAGCACUGAGCCCCAGACUGCCCCUGUGGGGGGGAGAGACCCAGGGAAGAAGGGGUUCAGGGGUAGGUGUGUGUGAGUGUGUGUGUGUUGGGUUCAGGGGUAGGUGUGUGUGUGUUUGUGUUGGGUUGGGGUUACAGGUCCAGACUCCGUCUUAACCUCCUCUAGUCGUUUCCCAUCUUCCGUCUGUAAGAGUGUGUGUGUUUGUGUGAGAGAGAGUGUGUUGGUAUGCAGAUCUAGUGCACAGGCCAUUUCAGGGCAAUGAGGAGGUCAUUACACACACUGACCCGUGGUCGUCGUUGCAAAAGCAGUGAAGUUUAUCGAGUCUGCUGCUGCAGAGUCACGUUUACGUUAAUAUUAUACUCUACGCUAGCGUUACGCUAAUAUUAUACUUU